CCGUGCUGUCACGUUUGUGACAUACUUGAGCUCACAAAGUAACCAAGGUAGGAGUGAUACUACCGUAGAGUGGCUUUGACUUCAACAUGGCGUCUAACGGAGUUCCCAAUGUUCCGCUAGCUCGUGAAUGCUACAAUUGUGGCCAACUUGGCCAUAUUUCUCGAUUCCGUCUGCAACCGGAUCGGAGGUUGAAUGAAGCGCGGCCCUCGAAUGCUCUUGUGCCCGUGCAACCUUUGGCGACGGUACCUCCUGCGUCUAAUGUGGGAACGACUGUUCCAUACUAUGCUGGUCAAUACAACGGUGGAAGUGGCGGUAGUGGUCUAGGAAGAAGAGUCAGUUCGUUGGAGGAGAUUGUCGGGCGAAUCAACUCCAAGCAUGAAGCUGAAGAAGCUCGUCUACGUGUACAACGUGAAGAAGAAGAGAAGAGGAGGCGGGAGAAACAGGAUGAAGAACGAAGGUUACAAGAGAAAAAAGAACGCGAAGAAUUCCAGAAAGAAAUGCAGAGGGAAAUAUCGAUUAAGUUAGACAAGGUGUGUGAAGUCGUCGGAGGGAAGAAAAAUGGAGGUUCUGAUGAGAUUAAGGAGUUGAAGGUGCUUGUUGAAUCUUUGAGUCGGCAGUGUAAGAUGGGAAGUGAAACCGACCAAAAGACAAAGAAAACUGAGGAGAUUGCUAGGCUCCGGUUUGAGGUGGACAGGCUAAAGCGAGGAAACGGCGGUGCUAGUACCUCUGCUACAGUGAUUGGUGUGACCAGAGAUUCCGAGGAACUCAUCCGACUCAGACGUGAGCAGGCGGAAGCUAAGGCGACCACUGAUAAAUGCUUAGCUACGAUGGAGGAGGUGAUUUUUGCGCUCCAGAAACAAUGUGAAUCAGCGGAAGCAAAUGCGGAGGUUUAGAGAAACGAUGUUGAGCGCAUUAUUCC